AUGGAUGAUAGCAGCGAAGAAUUUCAAGCGCUCUACAACGCGAUGUCCGCUUUCGUGACAGACUGCAUGUCAGGACAUGACCCAUCGCAUAACCCAGCACACGUCCACAGAGUGGGAGCGCUCGCCAACAAGAUCCUGGAAGCAGAGCGGGCAUUGCACCCAACAACGCAAUACAACGGAGCAGUUGUCAAACUCGCGGCACUGUUGCAUGACAUCGGAGACAGAAAAUACUUAUCCAAGAUGGAUGCGGGCGAAGAACUCGACCCGACGACGAUGGUGCAGCAUGCGCUCCUUGCACGGGGUGCGACGCCAGAACUCGCAUCACGGGUGCAGACGAUCGUGUCACAUGUUUCUUAUACGACUGAAUGUAAGGAUCCGGCAUUUAUCCGAAAGAUGAUUGACGAGGAUGGGUUUGUCGAGCUUGGAGUUGUCCAGGACGCCGAUCGACUCGAUGCCAUUGGUGCUAUCGGAAUUGGCAGGUGUUUUACCUUCCUUGGAGCGGUAGGGAAGAAGUAUUCUGUUGAUGGGAAAUGGGAGAUGGAUAAUUCCAUUGAGCAUUUCGGGGACAAGUUGGUUAAGCUGGAGAGCAUGAUGAAAACUGCUACCGGGAGGGAGAUGGCUAGAGUACGGACGGAGAGAUUGAACGUCUUUGCGGGGUGGUGGGAGGAGGAGAUGAGUGUUGCUUCUGGUUCUACUUAA